AUGGCCGCCGAGGCUGCUAGCAAAGCCAUGAGCCUGUCACUGAUCAUCAAAUGGAGCGGCCAGGAGUUCCCUUUGUCUGCCCUGUCCGAGGAGGACACAGUGCUGGACCUGAAGCAUUCCCUCAAGAGCCUGACCGGGGUGCUGCCAGAGAGGCAGAAGCUGCUGGGACUCAAAUACAAGGGCAAGCCAGCAGAAAAUGAUGUAAAACUGGGUGUUUCUAAAGCUGAAGCCAAAUACCAAGAUUAUGAUGAUGGGGACACGUGAGGAGAGUUUGGAAGAAGUGAUGGCACCACCCCCAGAAAAUGAUGAUGUUAUAAAUGACUUUGACAUUGAAGAGGAGGUGGUGGAGGUGGAAAAUCGAGAGGAAAAUCUGGCUAAGAUUUCACGCCGUGUCAAAGAAUACAAAGUGGAAAUCCUUAAUCCUCCAAGAGAGGGGAAGAAGCUGCUGGUUUUAGAUGUUGACUACACUCUGUUUGAUCAUCGGUCCUGCGCAGAAACUGGCUUAGAGCUCAUGAGACCAUAUCUACAUGAAUUUCUUACAUCUGCCUAUGAAGAUUAUGACAUAGUAAUAUGGUCGGCAACCAGCAUGAAAUGGAUUGAAGCCAAAAUGAAGGAAUUGGGCGUCAGCACAAAUGCCAAUUAUAAGAUCACUUUUAUGUUGGAUAGUGCAGCCAUGAUUACUGUCCACACACCCAGAAGAGGUCUUAUUGAUGUAAAGCCUCUUGGAGUUAUUUGGGGAAAAUAUCUUGAAUUUUACAGUAAAAAAAAUACUAUAAUGUUCGAUGAUAUAGGGAGAAAUUUCUUGAUGAAUCCCCAGAAUGGCUUAAAGAUCAGACCUUUCAUGAAAGCUCAUUUAAAUCGGGAUAAAGAUAAAGAGCUUUUGAAGCUAUCGCAGUACCUUAAGGAAAUUGCUAAAUUAGAUGAUUUAUCAGAUCUUAAUCAUAAACAUUGGGAAAGGUUUGUAUUCUGUUUUAUAUAA